CUCAAUGCUGCCAGCUGGACACCUUUGGCCAUGGCAGCCUUUGAAGCUGAAACCUUUGAGGACUUGCACAGACUUGUCGCACAGCUGAUCAGUGGGCAUCAUGUACCAGAACAAGAGGCCUUUGAGCAGUUUCGAAGAUGCAAAGAUGCUUUGUCCAAGCCCUUUACCUUUCGAUGCCGGGAGGACACCAUGGACCUGCCAAGCCUGGCCAGAUACGCCAUGGCGGAAAGGCCCAGACUGGCGACAGAGCCUUUGGUGAAGAUUGUGGAUGAGGUCAGUCGAACACUCCGAUUGCACCAGAGCGAUUGCUGCGCGCUAGUGGAGCGAGCCUUAGGUUUGGGUGUUGGACUACAGGAGGUGUCUCGCAAAUGUGCGGCGAUCUACUACCGCGAAUGCCAUUUCCAGGCACUGUGCCUGCACGACAUGAGUCAGGGAUUGGCUCGUCAUGCUCCCCAGAGGACGAGCGUGGCUUUCUUUGGUCUCCUAGGAGGAAAGCGGUGUAUUGCUGGUCUCUUCGAAGCUCUUGGCUUGCUCCUGCGCGACCUGACGGGAGAGCGAGCUGGAGAUCAGGUGUUUUUGCUACAUGCUGGAACAAUGAUCCAGCUUCUCGUGGAGACCCUGCUGGCGUACUUUACCGCUUUCCAGGCGACUCUGGAGGAGGCGGAGCUAGUGCUCUCUUUGCUUCCUCAUGUGGUGACUUCACAGCAUGCUCCGAUUGGGCAAGGUUUCACGGUGUCUGACCUGGACCUGGUCCUACGCGAGGAGCACAAUGACGUAAGCAUCAAGCUUUGCUUGGUGCUGAUCUGCAUGUGCUACACACAGGGUGAAUUGAAGCUCGACCCAGCCAAGCUGCGGGAGGAUGUGCUCCCUUCGAAGAUUCGGCUGCAGGAACUCUCUGCGACCGACGGGAACCUGCUUUCCGGAUCCUUUGGUCAGAAGCUGCGAGCAGGUAGCUAUUGGAAUGAAGAAAGCCAGCUAGGCCAAUUUCUUUGCUUUGCCAUCAGCGGCGUCCUUCUGGAAGAUGAUCAUGCGCUUCGGGGAGGAUACGUUCGAUGGCACAUUUUCCACUUUUUGCUGCAAGAGGUUCUGAUGUCAGGUGUUGCUGUGCCAGACACGUGCUCUGGUGCGCUGGUGUUGCGCUGCCUGAAUGAGCUUCUGCAGCGGGCCUUGCUUCCUGUGGGAAGACGCUGGACGGCGAUCAAGAAGCUUGAAGCGCAAGCUGUGUCAAUGCGCUUGCUUGCCGCAGAUUCUUUACAGAUCUCUGCGCUCCAAGUGCUGAAUCGCUUGUGCCGGGUUCAUCCUCAAGCCUGCGAAGCCUUCCGCGACGUGGCGUUACAAUGCACGGAUUCGUUUCAUUUGUCACACCGUCAAUCCUCGGGAGCCUUCAACCCGUGGAGCUCUGGUGCUGAGGGAGAUCGUGGCUUCAAUGUCCUGGCCCCGACCGGAGGAAAUGGCAAUGCCUUCAAUGUCUUGGCCCCUGGGGGAUCACUUCAGGACUCCAGGGUUCCUGGUGCUGGACGCCAUGAUAACACAAUGCUCUAUGCGGAGAUUCUGGACCUGGUGGCGACCAUUUGCUCUCGAGGGUCUUUGCAAAACGCAAGCCUCGUGUGCCAAAAGAUUCUGUCACACAGCAACCAGUGGUUCAACUGGAGCUUUGUCUUGGAUGCCCUCAUGCAGCAGGCGCGAGCGCCACCCCCGCAUGGGGGAUCUUCCUUCUCUGCUUCUGAUGCAGUGACCCUUGCACUUUGUCGAUUGGUUUCGGGUGCCUGUGGAAGCAGACUCCUCGUUGUCCAGCCAACAGUGCAGCCGAUCGCUCAAAGCCUCAACUCAGGCAUGGCCUCAUCGAUGGGCGAUCCAUGGGGACGUGCGGAAAAUAUUGGAAACCUCUUGGUUGAGCUGCUCACAACACACCCGGAACCUUCCAUUAAAGCUGCAUGCCUUGGAGCGCUCGGAAACUUGGAUUUGCCGCCCCCGCAAGUGAGCAGGAUGAUCCUAUCCUCAGUUCUGGCAGCAGUGCCAAGCCUGGUGCCCUUCCUAGAGCAGCCCAAAGCCUGCGACGGGGCGGUAGCAAUUGAAUUGCUCGCCUGCACCCUCCGAUUUCUACAGGCGGUGCCCAUCAACAAAGGCCGCUAUGCCUUGGACUUGCAGCCCUUCACACAUGUGGUGAUACACCAGGUGCUAUUGAAGACUUUGGCCGAGCCAUCUGCUUUCAGCAGUGCUCGGUAUUGGCGACUGGCAGCUUUGACUCUGCGAUGGCUACGGCUUGUACUGCGAGGACCUUUGCCGAUGAGUAGCUCUGCGGCCUUGAACACCUUGAUUGUGAGGCCCUACAGCGACAGCGAGGCGACGGCCGCCGAAGUCUAUGGGCGAUGUGCUGCAGGAAAUGCCACGGCAUAUGCCUUUCGGUGCCUUCUGAGCCUGGACUCUCCAGUGUUUGCCCGCGUGCUGAAUCUGACCCUUCUGCAGGGCCGCAGCGUCGAUGGGCUGGCAAAUCGACGAAAGGGAGGUGCAGCGUAUCCCUACAUGGAACAGUGUGCUCUCUAUGGCUUGGAUGUAGUCCGACUCCUUCUGCAGCGGGAUAUCGUCUUCUCCCGGUUGCAUGCGCAGCAUGCAUCUGAACGAGCCGGCAGUUGGGGCACUGCAAGCCUUCAGGAUGGACCUGUCUUGCCAACUCACCGACUUCUGUUGGCAGAGUUUGCAUUUACAUAUCCACCUCCUGAUAUUGGCGCAGGCCGCGGCAAUUCGUACAGCAGCUACAACCCCUUCUGGUCACAUAGGCCACGCAUGGAGACGGAAGCGUUCGAUGCUCAAAGUGGACAUCGCCACAACCCGAGCUACCUGGCCUUACUCUCGGAGUUUCUUUGUGCACGUCUACAUCAUGGAGUUGGUCGAUUGGCACUUUAUGUCUUCAUGCAAUGCGCUUUCCGUGAGCCGCAGAGGGUGUUGCGACUGCUUCAGCUGGAGCCAUGGCGACUGCAAGCCAUCAGUACAGCGAUACAUGACAAGAUCGUGCAGCUGGAUACCGAGGAGGCCACCGAAGAAGUAGGAGCUGCAGCAAAGUCUCAAGGAACCACUUGGGACAAGCACAGUGAAGCAUGCUUCGCUCAUGAGGCGAUGGAGAUCGAUGCGUCCCCAGACGGCCUCAGCCAUUUGGACAUGGCUUCCUUUGAGACCUCCUUGCCAAUCUGCCGUUCAGUUGACCUCUUGCAACAGCUGGCGGAGGAUUCCGUGGUUCAGGCCGCGGACAUGGCCGUUUGGGCCCGUGGAUCCUCGGCGGAAGGAUCGGAUGCCGGCGUGGCCACCUUGCGGGGCUGUGCCUCCUCCGACUCAGCCACCUUCAGAGCUGCAUACUUGAGAGGCUUUGACAUUCCCACGGAUUGGCUCUCAGCGGGUGCUGCUGCCAUGAUGGCCACGCUGAAUGACGAGCACAUGGUGCAGCUGCCAUUUGCAGCUUUGGCUACUGAAUCCAGCCGCUUGUUGACAUUGCGCUUAUUUGUCCUGUUGCUGGGAGAUACCACUGAUGAAAGCUCUGGAGCAGCACGACAGCUAGCACAACUUCUUCUAGGCCUGGAUCCUGCUGGACGAUCUUUGGCUGGAUCGGUCGACAUGGACCCCAGCAGAAGCGGAAAUCCUGCUGUUUUGGAUGCUUUGAUGCUCUUGCUCGAGAACCCACCGAGCCUGCCGGCCUCCAUGGACAGCGGUGGUCCCAGGCCUUCAAGCAGCAAGGCUUUGCAGCCGCAGAGUGCAACGCCAGAGAUUCAGCAGGCCAUCCAGAACCACACAGCCUAUGAAGCUUCCCUGUCUAUCGUCCUGAGCCUUUUUGCCAUACCAGCCUUGCGAGAUGUUGUUCUUCGUUAUGUGUGCCAUGCAUGGGCAUCACGAUACAAGGUACUGAAAAACCUCCUAGCUGUACCGUGGUCAUCGCUGUCCACGAUGCUUCGGCGGAUCUUGCUCUCAGAGGCAGCCCUCAUUCUGCAGGUCUGUUCCUGGGAGAUGCGAUUGGUGUGGCCUGCUGGACGACCUCCAAACAAACAGCUGGAGAGAGCAGAUCUUGUUGGACAACAGCUUCUGGACUUGAAGAUGAACGUCUCAGAGCAUUUGCAGGAGGUGGUCUCAGACUUGGUCUCUUCCCAAGACGCAGGCUGGUCGGCGCACACAGCCACGCCUUACUUGGUUGGCACAGCUCUGCGGCUGGCAGAUGCUUGUGAUGUGAUCGAUGCGGUGGUCGGUUCUGCAGCUCUGCAGGGAUCACUUCUAUUUGGUCGGGAUUCAAUGCAGGAACAUCUGAGAGCUUCCACAUGUCAGUGUAUGGCGCCGGACAAAGAUGGUGGUGGCCUCACGCGGAGCUUGGAGCUACAGGAUCCCUUUGUCUUGCUGCACUUGUCGGGUUUGAGCUUCCAACUCUCCGCCACCGAAUCCGAAGGUGAUCGCUCCAGAUUCACAGAGGAUUUGCAGCAGCUGGGAUCCAGAAAUGAAUAUGCUUGUAUUGCCUUCUACACAGAGCAAGCUUGCAAAUCUUUGGCGACCUUCGCCUCAGCAGCGCUUUGCCAUUUGGUUGGGCGGCCACCAGCGAUGGGGAACGCUUCCUCUGCAAGCGACUGCCGGGCACAGGCUGCUCGAGCGCACUUGGAAGCACUGCUUCCUGCAAUCGCAGCAGAAGAAUCUGGAGCAGAAGCGCCGCGAAGACUAGAGCUUCUGUCAGGCCUGGCAACAGCUUUUUUGGCCGCCAUGUUGGAGCGAUCAGAGGCUCCGCCAUUGGCUUUCGUACGACGGGUCUACGGGUUGCUCAGUGGAGCUCUGAUGCGGCCGGCCGUCUCCCGCGAGUCACGCAGGAAUUUGGAGGAGGCGACGCUACUUCUUUUGCAGCGCAUGUUGCCUGAUCCAGCAAUGGAAGCUGCACAAGGUUUGCAACCAGCAGAGCUGGAGCUGCAGGACCUGGAAGACCUUGCAAAGUUGUUGACCUCAUUGAUGGCUGCUGCUGUCGCUGAGGUGGAGACCGUGGAGGAAAGCGCCCAGGGAGUUGCUCUGCCACUCAUGUGUGCGCUCAUGACCCGAGUUCCAGCCACCCAACGUUCAAGAGUUUUUUCGGGUCGGCUUUGGCAGCAACUCACUGAGAUUAUUGGAGCACAAAGAGAGUCACAUGCAAGAUUUCAAAGUGCAGCACUUGCCACCAUUCUUUGUCAAGCACCUGAAUCAGCCAGUGCUUUCUUUGAAGCUGCAGGGUUUUCCGCACUACUGCGUCCGGAGAUGCUGCAAAACUGUCGCUUGCGACUUGCCCCAGCAGGGUUACAUACCUUGGACACCACGCAUCCAGCAGCUUUGGUGUCUAUCAUGCAAGUCCUUGUUUCCAUGUUGGGCGUCCUACCAACUCAUGCUUUGAUUCUUCAAAGCACUCUGCAAUGGCUUGAAAAGAACCUACAGCCUUUGCUGGAUGUUUUACAAUGGGUGACUCGUUUACCUGUGACACUGUCUGCAGAACCCCGACGUGGACAUGUUUCAGCGUUGUCCUUGGUGUCUGCUUUGGCGGCACGGAGUGGUGGGAGUGUGGGUCGCUCUGGACCUGAUGCCAUGUUGGUUUUUUGCAGAUCAGCAGAGGACGGUCAGUCAGUUGAGGAUUCAUGCGUCGAUGGGCUGGCCCACUCCCUGAGUGGUCGUCAUCCGAUGGAAAAAGCAUCUGCAGACGGUCAGUACGAAGAAGUUGCACUGUGCUAUAGGUGUGUCUCCCUUUUCACCGAGCUGUGGUCAUUGCUGCACGCGUCCAUUGCUGCGAGGGUGAAGAGCACAAUUGGCCAAGCCACUCCAGAUGCUUACUACACCAGGCUUCAGCAGCUGGAAGGCAUGGUUCAUCCAGCUCUGCCAGGGCUGACCACUCAAAUGGUCAGUGCAUGCGUCACACACCAAGAUGACAUGUCUGACUCCACCACGACUCUGCCAGAACGGAUGCACCCCUCUGAGCCGACAAGGCUGAAGAUUUGCUCCAAUGUUCUCCAAGUGUGGAGACACGAUGGUCUCACGCGACGGAUCAAAGCCCUGGCAUACAAAGGGCCACAGGGCAUUCAAGGGAUGCAAGGCCUCCAAGCACCAGGCAGUUCUCCUCCCAUCUCUAGCUUUGAUGUGAGUAGAUUACCUGGUGUGUCGCAAGAGGUGGUUGCAGAGACGAGAGUUCGAGCUGGAGUCUUGUGUGCUGUCUUUGUUUUUGCUGCUUCAAGCUUGCUAAGUUUGAGGUUCACAGAUGGUGAUGCAAGUGCAAAGGAGAGUGUAGGGAGAAUGAGCGAAACUUAUCAGGGCCACCAGUUACACUUCGAUGGAACUGAAAAGAGAUUUCGCCACUUGCUCUUUAUCCUGGAAACUUCGCUUCACUUGCUUUGUCUUCACUUCACGCUGCUGACGACUGCGGCCGAAUUGGAAGGCACUGGCAGCAAACAUCAGGGACCAUCCUUGUCCGCUGGCAUACCUCGACUCGCGAUGGUGGGCCAAUAUUUACGCUUGGUCAUUGAGUUUGCUUCAGCAUCAGGAGGCUCAGUGGCUUUGUCACACGAGGCGCCGCUUCCUGGAGGCGCCGCACGGCCCGGGCCCCGCGGUCUGGAGACAGUCGUUGCGACAUCCAACCUUUUCUUUGCAGCCAAUGUAGCCUCGACAGCCGAAAAGCUGGUUGCCCAGUUGCAGCUGCAGCAAGGUGGAUUAUAAAAGGCGACGUGUGUGUUCCGCGCGGCCGGCCUGUUCCACGAAAGCGCGGCCUUUUCCAAAAACAGAGUCACCGUGUCACCUGCGAGUCCAACGAGUUCUUUUGGGAGAUGGUUUCGCUCUUGCACCUGCCAUUGGCUCC